UUGUUUAUUUUCCUGUAUGGGUCUUUCUAAUGUAUUGAAUUUUUAAAUUCAGACAACCGUAAUAACUGUGAUAAGGUGCCUUUCACAAGCUCCUCGGUUGCCAGCCUUGGAUUGGGGUACGAUCAUCAGACGCUGCAUGAGAUAUGAGGCGCAGGUUGCCGAGUUGUUUCCAACAGAAUCAUCUCUUGAAAAAGGAACCCUAAGGGAGGAAUGUGUAAAGUUCUCAUUGGCUCAUGCCAAUGAAUUUGAUCAGCUCCCAAGUUUCCUGGAUGAGCUGUCUGACUUGUCCAGAUUCAGAACUCUUGAGUUGAAGCUGCAAUCUUGUCUUCUGGAUCAUCUGGUAGACCUAAUUAAAGUAUUCUCAGGUUCCAGGCUUGAGAAAGUAUUUGAUGAUGUGCGUAGCUACUUCUCUUCUGUUACUUCAUAUCAAUCACUUGGCACUGAUGAGACAAGCUUAUUACGGAUUUCAUGCUGGAAGGGUUUCUAUCAGUGUUUAGAUGAGGCUUCUCUUGACUCUCUAGAGUACAUAUGCCAAAUAGAAAAGGGCAUGGAGGUGCUCUUUUCCUUGAUGCCUGCAAUGCAAUUGCCUGCCAUAGGAGGAGGAGGUCAGUUGCGUACUGUAGAGGAGUGGUCCGAGGCGGUUAGAUGCUUUAGGAAGGCUCGGAAAAGUUGGUUGUUGGAUUUCCUGCAGGUUUCCCAGGAGGACCUGCAACAAAGAGAUGGUCAGCUUAUUGAAGUUCUGAAAAAGGUUCAAACCAAAGCUAAGCUUGUUAGGAUUGGUUCCAUCCCAUUGACUGAGCUGGGAAGGCUAAAGGCUUUGAUAUUGAACACAGAAUCAAAUGGUUAG